AUGGAUCCAGUUGCCGUGCAAGUAGAAAUUAAUAACUUUCUGGAUCACACUGCUUCAAAUCCUAGGAGAGCGAAAAGAGUAGAUACUAGGGAUACAUAUUUUGAACAUGUAGGUCGUUCUUAUGCGAACCUUGCGCAUGACAGGAACUGGAGGAAUGCAGACGGAUCAGUAUAUCCAAUUUCGGUCGAACAUUUGAAAGAGUAUAUAAUCUUAAAAUACGAAUCAAGUAAUAUGAAAAGUGUACUAUGGCAUGUUGGGGCGUUGAAGAGAUAUCAAACCGAGGUGCUCAAAUUUAAAAGAUGGGAUGAUGUAAGAAAUCAUCCAGAGAUCCAACAAUUACUCGCUGAAUUGGAAGAAUCAGAGGCACAUAAAAGCGAUGAUGGAGGAAUAACACCAUUGGGAGUUGCGCAAGAUCGAGGGAAAGGCAAAGCUGAAGAUUUAUCGCUCAAGGCAAAAAGGCCCGUAUCCCGGUUCGAUCUUUCCAAACGUCCUGCGCAGACAAUCUUGGCCCUACUUGGCCGUACAAAUGGCGAAGGUAAUGAAUCUUUAGGAAAUGCUUCCGGUAGCAAUGUGGCAGCUACUGCUGCUGAGCCUAGAUUUGAGCAAGGUGACAGUUUUAUGGAAGGUGAUGACAUGGAAGAAGAUGAUACUUCUCAACGUGACCAGAUCAAUGGAAAUAUUGAUUAUAGAGCGCUCUUCCAAAACGAUAGUGACGAUUCUGACUAUAUUCCUCCUUCCAAGAACACAUUGACUGACGACUCUGGUAAUUAUAUGACUGUCAAGAGACGAAAACUCAGAAGUGAAUCGGAUAGUGAUUCGUCGGAAGACGGACCAGAAUCGUUUAAACUUCGUUACGACACUGCAUUAUCAAUUCUCAAGUCAAAAUACGUAAACUCCUGUACUAAACACCUUCGUGGGUGUUUUCCCAUUGACGAGCGUCGGCACUUGCUCUUAGACGAGAAAAUGAUCAAGCGAUGGGCAACAUUGAUAGCAUCAGGCGAUGAUGUGAUCGUUGAAAGUCCACCUCAAUUUGAAGAAUUCCCCGAAUUUAAUACGGAUAGGGCAGUAUGUAUUUGA